CGGGCGCCUUAGUUUAGUCGAAGGAAAUCGCGUGGCGCCGAGCGUGGAAAGUCGCCAGGCAGCAGCAGAGUUACAGCUCCAGCAGGAAAAACUGAACACAACGAAAAAACGGGAUUAAUCUGCUCUGGGGCAAAUUUCCAGGAGCUGCCUGCCCACCAACAUCAUAAAUAAAUAAGCCAGGGAAAUGGUUCUGCUUCAUUCAUAAACCAGAGAGCCCCAGAGAGGGUCGCCGAUCAACGAAUAAUUAAACGGAAUCCCAAGGACCACAAGGAGCAGGCAUCCGAGCAUCCCAGCAGCAUGCCGGAGGAGAAGGAGACCAAUUUGGAGAACGGCCAGGCGACGGCCGCCUCGACGCCCAGCAAAUCGAAGACGCAGCGCCAGAAGACACCGUCUCGUCGGCGGCAGAACGACAGCGAUGUGGCCGGCGGCGUGGGCAUCACCGGCGGCGGAGUCGUCAUCCUGCCCCAGCAGGUCCUCAACGAACUCUACCACAACUACUCCAUCAAGCAGCGCCGCAGCGGCCUCAAGUGGUUCCUCUUCGCGGCCGUGCUGUUCAACAUCUGGACCAUCGUAAUACCAUGGGAUCAGGCGGUGCCCACCAGAGUGGUCAACUGUUGUAUGCUGGUAGCGUACUUGGCUCUAACAGCUCUUCUGCACAUCGGUCGACGUUCUGAGCAACCGGCACUGAAGCGCUUCCACCAAAUACUGCUGACGAUUAUACCACGGGCUUUGUGGCUCCUGAGCAUUCUCCACUUUGCCGCCUACAUUAUCCUACAGCCUAGCUUUUCUCCAAGGGACGUUCUUGGCUGGGCCAUCUUGCUAAACUUCCUGGUCUAUGUGACGCUGCCGUUGCCACUGAUUUUCCUUGGUCUGUCGAUUGGGUGCAUCACUUAUUUCAUUUGUCUCAGCCUGCCAGUGGGCUACUCCCGCUAUGACACGCUGCUCUCGAAUCAGUUGGCGGCCAAUGCGGUUCUUAUUGCCACAGCCGCGCUGAUCGGGCUCCUGUACUACUUCAUGGGCGAGGCCAAGCAGAAGCGAGCCUUCCUCGAGGCAAAGAAGAGCCUGGAGGUGAAAAUGGUCAUCGAGGAGCAGUCGGCCGAGCAGGAACGCCUCCUGUUGUCCGUGCUGCCCAAGCAUGUGGCCAUUAAGAUGCGCGAGGAUCUGGGAUCGUCUAGUUCGGAGGCUUUUAAAAAGAUCUAUAUGAGUCGGCACGAAAAUGUGAGCAUACUGUAUGCGGAUAUCGUUGGGUUUACCGCCAUCUCCUCGACGUAUAGCGCCCAAGAUUUGGUUAAAAUGCUUAACGAGCUCUUCGCACGCUUCGAUAGGCUGGCCGAGAAAUAUCAACAAUUGCGCAUCAAGAUUCUUGGCGAUUGCUAUUAUUGCAUUAGCGGUGCCCCCGACGAGCGACCGGAUCACGCCGUCAUGUGCGUGCACAUGGGACUCUCCAUGGUGAAGGCCAUCAAGUAUGUGCAGCAGAAGGCCAACUCACCUGUUGAUAUGCGUGUGGGCAUUCACACGGGAGCCGUGCUCGCCGGCAUUCUUGGCCAGCGGCAGUGGCAGUUUGACGUUUACUCCAAGGACGUAGAGCUGGCUAAUAAAAUGGAAUCGAGCGGGAAGGCUGGACGCGUUCACAUUUCGGACAAAACGCUGGCCUUCCUCAACGGCGAGUUCGAGGUGGAGCCCGCCUUUGGGGAGAAGCGGGAGGAGCUGUUGCGCAUCGCUGGGCUAAAGACGUACUUCAUCACCAAGGUGGUUAAGCCGUUUGCAUCGCCAUGUGCAAGGAAAAUCAAUGAAACCCAAGCCGAGAACUCCCUCCACAGUCCCAAUGGCUCGACACACGCUGUCGUGGCAGGUGAAGAUGACAACGAUGACAACACCUUGGACGAUGAGGAGCUCCUGGCGCAGAAUUCCGCGUCCAAUGGACACCAAACAGCAGUGGCGGAAGACGAAGAAGAACAGGUGAAAUUGGAGAACUUUAAGCAGCGAUUGAAAGACGAACUCGUUACCCGCGAUGGACACGAGAACCUGACCAAGGACACUAACGUAUUCCUGCGCUUCAAGAACCCGCAGCUGGAGCAAUCGUAUGCCGUAUAUAGAGAGCCGUACAGCUCACUUCCGCUCCUCGCCGCUCUGCUGGUGCAGUGCAUCGAUGUGUUGUACUCCUACCUGGUUUUGCCACGCUCCACGCUGCACUUCAUCAACAUAGCUGCGCCGCUGGUUCCGAUCGCCAUGCUGGUUGUGAUCAGCAUCGCAGAGAGCUUCAGCGGAAUGCUGCCCAAGUUUUUCGUUGACGUGAGCAAGCGCUUCAACGACAUUACCUUCGUCCGUGAGCUGGCCGCCAUAAUUAUUGCACUCACCAUUGGCCUCAGCAAUGUCAUCGACAUGUUCUUUUUCGUCACCUUCGUGCGCACCGAGCACAUUGUGAGUGAAAGCGAAUUCAAUGCCACGGCCGGCCUGGAGGGCGAGGUGGACGUGGAGAUGGAGGGGGUGGUCACCGCCGAGCACCUGCUGCCCGCCUCCUUUGUGGAGCAAAUGCGCGAGGCAGUGCCUCGGGAGCGAUUCCUAUAUCCGUCCUACUUGAGUAAUUUUGGAGUCCUCAUAUUGAUUGCGAUCGCCGUGAUUGCCCAACUAACCCAUCUUACCAAGAUACUGCUGCUAUUGUCCAUUGCAGCUUUGCAUUGCUACUUCAACAUAUUCAUUAUGCAGGACCUAUAUGCUUUGGAAGAUGACUUUGCACACCAACCUAUCAUAUCUACGCGGUAUUGCGCUUCAGGACUUUUGGUAGUAGCUGCUUUAGCGUUAAGCACCUUGGCCAGACAUAUGGACCACGAGGAUAGGGUGAUUUUCAAAUGGAAAACAGAGGUGGCCGAGCAGAAGGAGACUGCCAACGAUAUGCGACAGCGCAACGAGGCUUUGGUCUACAACGUCUUACCUGUUCAUGUGGCAGAGCACUUCAUGAAGAACACCAAGCGCUCCCACGACGAUCUCUACUCCCAGAGUUAUGCUGAGGUGGGCGUUUUAUUCGCCAGUAUGCCAAACUUUUCGGACUUCUAUUCCGAAGAGACGGUGAACAAUCAGGGCUUGGAGUGUCUACGUUUUCUCAACGAGGUUAUCUCUGAUUUUGAUGCAUUGUUGGAGCUGCCGCAGUUCCAGGACAUCAUCAAAAUCAAAACCAUCGGCUCCACCUACAUGGCGGCCAGCGGCAUAAACCUGCAGCGGAACCUCCGGAAUGACGCGCCCAUUACAGAACGCUGGUCCCACCUCGCCGUUUUGGUGGAAUUUGCAUUGGAACUGAAGCACGCCCUGCAGGGCAUCAACGAGCAGUCGUUCAAUCACUUCGUCCUCAAGAUGGGCAUCAAUCAUGGACCGAUCACGGCGGGCGUCAUUGGGGCCCGUAAGCCGCACUACGACAUCUGGGGGAACACGGUGAACGUGGCCUCGCGCAUGGAGAGCACAGGAAAGGCGGGAGCCAUCCAGGUCACCGAGGAAACAUGCAAUAUUCUGCAGCCAUUUGGUUACACAUUCCUACAGCGGGGUCUGGUAGCUGUCAAGGGAAAGGGACAGUUGAUGACCUACUAUUUGCAGGGUAAGUCUCAGACAAGUGCGGAGCCUGUGGCUCCUGCUGCCGUCGAGCUCCACGGACCGGAGUCAGCUGCUCUGGAAUCCACCACCGAACUGGAGGCCUCCGACAUCAAGACGCCCCUGCUGAAUAUCAAGGUCCAGGAGCCGUCGGCGGGCUGCGAGGGCAUCGCGCAGGAGCAGGGCAUGGGGAACGGCAGUGCUGGCCAGGUGGGGGUGAGGGAAUCUCAAUCUUUGCUAGAAUAAUUUGCUAAUCGGCUCCUUAGUUGCGCUUGAGUCUGUGUGAGUGUGAAUCUUUGAGUGGAUGCAUGGGUGGCUGUGUUAGAUAACGAAAGUUAACUGUUAUGGAGCUGUUAGACUUGCUAUAAAUUUGGUUUUGCCUCCGUAUUCGUGUGAUAUUCUAUGCAGAUGCAGCAAUUUUCGAAACAAAAAAGCAAAAUUCCACUUUAGUUCAAUUUACGAAAAUUUGCUUUCCAAAAGUUUGUAAACUGUGUACCUAAAAACAAGAAAUAUAUUUAGCUUUUAAAUAUAUUCGACUACGACUAAGUACGUUUGGUUAUUGUGAAUCAGUUUUUGUUUUAAACAAAAUUGUUAUCUCAUUUCCAAGAACUGUAAUAUAUAAGCGAACCACUUGCUUUACAAACUGGAUGUGUAGUUUGGUAGGUCAACAAGAAAAAAAACCAUUUUGCAUCUCAAUGUGUAAAAUACAAAUAUGCGCAUAAACUAUGGAAUACUUAUAAAAAUACGCUAGGUCCUAAUAACAUGGUUAAAGAGACAGAAUAUUAGUUGAGUAUCCAAAUCCCACCACAAACAAAUGCAACCCACAAGUCAGUCCAAAAAACGAAGAAAUCUAACGAUAAAGGAUUAGUUAACGAAAUAAUAUACAUUUUAGAAAGUGCAAUAGAAGUCAAGCUGCAUGAUAUUAUAUCCUUGGCAUGCGUUCUUGGGCGUCAUCAACCAAAAUAUAUAUACAACUUCUUAUAUAUAGAAUUAUAUAGAUGUAAACAAACAAAUAAUGGCAUCGCAUGCUUGUUAGAACAUUUCAACGAAUUAGCAAAGAAACAAGAAUCGAACUUACUUAUCAAGCAUAGGAAAAUCAAAGAAAACUCUGCUAACUUGGUCUAAAAUCUGUUUUGUGCGUACGUCCAUCAGCCUCAACCCUCCUUUAAUUGAUUUCCUUUGAUGGCUAAAGGCAUGACAAUCAAGACGAGAAAAACGAUACAAAUGAUUGGGUUAGCUUGAAGAACAUUUUAGUCCUUUCCACUGGUUAAAUCUAACACCAAAAAACUGUUUUAAGAAUUAAUUUUAGCUGAGGAAUUUGGGGAACUCUUUUGUGUUUUCAGCUAUGACCAUUAAAUCGCAUUAAACAAUUUAGGAUAUUCUAUCAUUUUAAAAGGUAAAUAAUGAAACUAAAGUGUAACUAUAAAUGGAAAAAACAUACCUAACCAUUAGCAAAUUAUAGCGAAAUACAUAAAACUA